AUGAUCGCACAGCAUGUCGUUAAUGCUUAUUAUCCAUUGAUUUCGGCAGCUAAAAUUGCUGAUCCUAAUGAGCUGCCUAUGGAUAUUCCUAAACUAAAAGCAGAUGAUUUGACAAAUUUAUUAGUAGCAACUCAAAGCUUUUUUGCAUCUGAACCGUCAUUAUUCCGUCUUAAUCAGAAUUGCAUAAUUGUUGGUGAUUUGCAUGGUAAUUUAAGAGACCUACUUAGAAUUUUUGCUUAUAACGGGCUCCCUCCUCAAAGAAACUAUAUUUUUCUUGGAGAUUACGUUGACCGUGGCGAGUUUAGCAUUGAAGUAGUUACUCUAUUAUUCAGUUUGAAAGUUCUCCACCCUGAUAAUAUCUUUUUAAUCCGAGGCAACCAUGAGUUCAUGGAUAUAAACUCUAUGUACGGAUUUAAAGAUCAGGUGUUAGCAGAAUAUGAUGGCUACAUGUACAAGAUUUUUAAUGAUUGCUUUGCUUAUCUACCUCUUGCCUGCGUCCUCAACGAUAGCUUUUUCCUUGUCCAUGGAGGCUUAAGUCCAUCCCUUACUAAUGUGGAGGAAAUCGAAGCAGUACAACGUCCCAUAUUUACUUUGAAUAAUCCAACUAUCACCAAAUCAUUCAUUUCAGAUAUCCUUUGGAGUGAUCCAGGCGAUUCUGGCGUAAUGUACGUCAAGAAUUAUCGUGGCUAUGGAUAUCUUUUUGGUCCAAUGGCUGUUUUGAAUUUUCUAAGGGCAAACAACCUCAAACGUAUCAUUAGAUCUCACCAGUGCGUCAAUGCGAUUGAAAAAUCUCACGGAAGUACAGUGAUUACGGUAUUUUCCACAAGUAAUUAUUCAAAGAAGUCAAAGAAUACGAGUGGAAUCUUAGAAGUUAAUGGAGAAGGUAUUAAUACAUAUAUUUACGAUGCUGAAGACCAAUUUAAGAAAAUCGAUGCAAGUUAUCGUCUUAUUGAAGCCGUUGAGCGUUCUCCUUUAUGCUUUAAUAAUAAAUUCAACUCUGUUCUCAUGGCAAGACCUCGAAAACGAAGGGCAACAGUUGAUGAAAUGCAAAAAUCUGAACAACGCAAAUCCAUAACUCCACAAUCAUCUCUUCCUAGAUUAAUAUGCACUCCUACAAAGUCUGAUCGUGCAACUAUCAAUUAUGCUCCAAGCAGUCCUUCAAUUUUAUUGAACCCAGUUUAA